AUGGCGGUUUCACGCCUUCUCACACGGCUCGUAGAACCCACAAGACCGGUCUGUGGUCGGCGAUUUCUCCACUUCCCUCUACACGCCAAGAGAAAUGAAUUCCCCACUUGCCGUACACACGACGCUGGAGGUGUAUAUACACCACACAUACAACCAGGUCGUCUGACGCUCUGUCGCUGCUUCGGUGGUUCUUCAAACGCGAAACGGGCAGCUCGGUCUUUGGCGUUUUCAUUGAGGAAAAGUGGAAAGUGUGGCUUCACUGACACGCAAGACUCAAAUCGCGGACGGCGAGACACUUGCGAAGCAGGACGAGACGGGCAGAAACGCCGUUCCGCCUGUGCAUACGGGUGUUUGAGUACGGGGUCAUUUCCCCUCAGAAGAGACACACUUUUCGGACUCUUGGGCUCUCUAGCUACCGAGACGAGAGAGUGA